AUUUCAUCUUGUCACUAUUAGUCUUGGAAUACCCGGGUGUUAUUUACGAGGUAGUAGAUAUAAGCGGAUUACUUAAAGUGACCUUUUUGGGACAGCAGUGUGUGUUUGUUUUUUUGAUUUGAAUAGAUAUACAUAUAAAGAUUUGAUAAUGUCUGAGAAACAAAAGAAUGCUGCAGAAAGUGUCUCCACCUUAGGAGGAUUCAUUGCUGGAAGUAUGGCAGCUUGUUCUGCUGUAACGUUCACGAACCCUAUCGAACUUAUUAAGACUCGUAUGCAACUUCAAGGAGAACUUUCUAAAACCGAUAGUAAGGUACCAAAGCUUUAUAAGAAUCCAGCCCAAGCAUUUGUGGUGAUCUUCAAACGUGAAGGUAUUCGUGGAUUACAACAAGGGUUGGUUUGUGCUUAUAUCAACCAAGUGGCACUCAAUGGGUGUCGUUUGGGACUUUAUGAACCUCUGAGAUAUUAUAUUACCAAGUACUUUGAUAAGAAGAACUUCCGUGAAACAGGUCCAAUUCCUCAAAAUAUGUUAGUCAAUGUAUUUGCUGGGAGUCUUUCAGGAUCUGUUGGUGCAGUAUUGGCUUCGCCUGUAUUCUUAAUCAAAACAAGAAUGCAAUCAUAUUCUUCAGCAGCUGCCCAGCCUGGUCAUUCUACAGUAGGACAACAGACAUAUUAUAAAGGUACUUGGGAUGGACUUAGGACAGUUUAUCGUCAAGAAGGAUUCAAAGGAUUGUUCAGAGGUAUCGAUGCUGCAGUUAUGCGUACGGGAGCAGGAUCUGCUGCACAACUUCCGGUUUAUAAUCUUACCAAGGACUUAUUACUUAAACAUGACAUUGUGGAAGAAAACUCACUUGGCUUACAUUUCAUUGCAUCUUCCAUGGCUGGUUUAGGGGUUGCUAUUGUUAUGAAUCCUGGUGAUGUAGUAUUAACAAGAGUGUAUAACCAAAAGGGUGACUUGUAUAAAGGACCGGUUGAUUGCUUGGUUAAAACCGUUAGAGCAGAAGGUGUGAUGUCUUUAUACAAGGGUUUCUGGGCUCAAUUAAUGAGAAUUGGUCCUCAUUCGAUCUUAACCUUGAUGUUUAUGGAACAUACCAUGAAGUUUGUUCGUGCAGUUGAGAAUAAGAUCAAGUUGACAUGAUAAGACUCAAUUUUAAGGAGUACUAAGUCCUUAAUAAUUCUUGAUAUUUAUUUAUUUAUUCAAUAGACUAAAACCAAAUUAUGACGAUUAACAAUUCUUACAAUCAACUUCUGGAAAACUCUUGGAUAUUGAAAUUUGUAUAGAUCAAUUCUUAUAUGAUGUUCUAGUAUGAAUUGAAAGCCUAGCUUUAAAUAGAUUGAGAUGACUUUUCUCGAUCUAGACAAAUAGAGUCAUUCAUAUGAAUACUUAUCAGAAUUAAUGUGUAUCAACAUGGAAUGACAACUGUGAACAUAGUUUUCGAUAUGUUCACUUUUUACCUUCCAUUCCUUUACGGACGAGUAUAGCACAUACUAACAACUGUCUAUGAAUCUACCGAUCCUAACUACUGGUAUUUGAUAUGUUCUAUCCUACAAUAUCAAAUCAUUUCUU